CGAAGAGCUCUCAGGAGUGGCGUUCCUAUCGCGAGGUUAUCACAUUAGCUUGGUUAGUUAGCUAACCUCGAAAAGCUUGAUUGUGUUCUCGCAUUUUACCUUUUUUUAAAUCCCUUUAAAGCACCGUGAGGAGAGUCCGUUGCUGCUUGAUUAUCGUGUUGUAACGUCUGCGGGAGAAGAAAAUCACCGGGCCUUGUAUUUGCACGGACCCCAAUGAUGAGUUAUGCUGAAAAGCCUGAAGACAUCACAAAAGAGGAGUGGAUGGACAAAUUAAACAAUGUUCACAUACAGAGGGCGGAUAUGAAUCGACUUAUUAUGAAUUACCUGGUGACAGAGGGUUUCAAAGAGGCGGCGGAGAAGUUCCGGAUUGAGUCUGGUAUUGAGCCGAGUGUGGACCUGGACUCUCUAGAUGAAAGAAUAAAGAUCCGAGAGAUGAUCCUGAAGGGGCAGAUACAGGAUGCUAUUGCACUCAUCAACAGCCUACACCCAGAGCUGCUGGACACUAAUCGAUACUUGUAUUUUCAUCUGCAGCAGCAGCAUUUGAUUGAGUUAAUCAGGCUAAGGGAGACUGAGUCAGCGCUGGAGUUUGCGCAGACACAACUGGCCGAGCAGGGGGAGGAGAGCCGAGAGUGUUUGACAGAGAUGGAGAGAACACUAGCCCUUCUGGCCUUUGACAACCCAGAAGAGUCACCGUUCGGGGAUCUUCUCAACAUGAUGCAGCGGCAGAAGGUGUGGAGUGAGGUGAACCAAGCUGUGCUGGACUAUGAAAACAGGGAGUCGACACCCAAACUGGCUAAACUGUUGAAGUUACUGCUGUGGGCACAGAAUGAGCUGGACCAGAAGAAGGUGAAAUAUCCCAAAAUGACUGACCUUAGCACAGGAACUAUUGAGGACCCCAAGUGAACAGAACAUCCAAGAACAAUCAUCUCUUCAAUGUCCCCUUAAUUUAUAAUCAGUCAGUGACUGUGUGACAACCAAGUAAGUCAUAUGUAUAAACAAAUGCUACAGUGUUUUUUUUUCAUGUUUCAUUCUUGAAAAGUAAAAUUUAACCCAUUGUGCAAAGUGUAAAUUAAUAUAAGUGACAGAAAUUAUUUAAAUACUAGUUCUGGAUUCUGAGAUAUCUUGGAUCUAGAAGACAGCAAAAUUUAAAUUUUAUAUUUUGUCUUUCUAAAUCUUAAGCCAGUAGUAUUAUUUAUUGUAACAUGUUUUGCUCACCAGGUCAUUGAUGGCCUAGAAUGAGAGAUGUUGGUGUAAAUGAGUAAGGAAAGUUUUGGGGUGUGGCGCAAACCUCAACACAGGAUGGAGAGAACUACAGCUGUAAUGCGUAACCCACUGCAGAGGUGGUCCAUUCUUAAAUAUGCUUCAAUUUAAACAUCUUGCACAAAUGUGAUUUUAGUUCAGUUUAAAGAAACAAGUUACCUUUUCCUUAUUUUAUUAAUUUUUAGUGCAGAAUCUUAGGCUAUUGGCUAUUCAAUCAACCACUUGGUUACUUCUUUGAUAUUUUAUUGUAUCUAUACAAUAUAAGAUUAUGUGAAGAACUGCUGCGUAAAUGUAAUUUCAGACUUUUCUGAGCUGACUCCCUGUGCAAAUCUAAUGUACCAACAACCCUCCCAGUAAAAUGUGCCAGCCUUAGGAUGCGUGUUUGAACGGGCUGCUCAGUAGAGGAAAUGCUAAUGAACGUGGAUAGGCUGCCAGAACUUGUUAUGCAUGGCUGGAUUCUACAGUAUACAUUUUCAUGUUUAAAUUUUAUUCUGACUCUCAUUUUUUUUCCAUUAACGGUAAACUUAUGUAACCUGCCAUAUAACCUGCAGUCUAGUUUCCACUUUUAAAGCUCUUUAGUAUUUUCACUUUAAAUGCAUGCAAGUUUUUUUUUCUUCUUUAAGGGGGGGAAGGUUUCUGUGCUUGUUUAUUUUUUCUUACUUUUAUAAAAUGAUGCUGCUACUGUAGUUGUUCAUCCUUGGUUUCUUUUCAGGUAUUGUCCUUCUAGGUUUUGGCUUUAACAAAUACUGAGACCCAGAGAACUUGCAUCCCUUUUAUUAUCAGACAUUUUUAUUAUCAGAUUUGCAGAUACUAAAAUAAACAAAACUUUUGUGAAUCAUAAA